GUUAGAGCGAGUGUGAAGCGCGGUGUCGGGCAGUGUGGGAGCAGCCAGGGGCUCUCGUCAGUCCGUCCAGCUGCUGCCCAAUUUAUUGUUCUUUAAACAAACAGCCCACCCUUCCCGAUGGCAUCGCAAGUGGCGCCGCGAGUGCGGCCCAGCGGUUCGCCCACCUCCAGCCGCCCGCAGCCGCUCCGAGCCACCGUGCCCUUCCAGCUGCGAGCGGCCGCCGCCAACAACAACAACAGCAGCGGCCCCAGCAGCGGCGGCGGCUCCCGUCUACCCUCCUGCUCGCCGCCCUCCGUCUGCGCCUCUCCGCCGGCGGCAAGCCUCCGCAGUGCCUUUCACACCGUCGCCACUUCCACCGGGCCGGGGGGCGAGCAAGAGGCGGCCUGGCGAGCGCUGCCGUCUGCCGAGAGGAAAACCGGGCACUCCGCCUCCUCCUGCUGCACCGCUGCCGCCAGUAAAGCCAUUGAGAAACCCAAGCUUCAUAAGACAAGAUCUUGUAUACGUCGCACGUCUUCACUCGACACCAUAAUUGGACCUUACUUGAUAGGACAGUGGCCUCGUGACACCGAUGUGCACUCUUUAUCCUGGGAGAAUGAGAAAGCUACACAGACUCCUAGCACUUGGCAUGAGAUGGGUCUGAAAAGGAAGAAUUCUCACAAACGUUCUGCAUCGUGGGGCAGUGCAGAUCAGCUGAAAGAGAUUGCAAAGCUCAGACAGCAACUCCAGCGCACCAAACUCACCAAGCAGCACGGCAGAGACAAAGAACGACAGUCGCCACUGCACGGAGAUCAUACUGCCAUAGGUUUAGUACAGCAAGGAACUUCCAAGUUUGUACCGAUUUUGCCAGCAAACCUUGCGAUCACAAAGUUAAUUCCACGACUUAGGAACAGCUUGGAAGCAAUAAAUCAGGAAAUUGAAGGGAUGUUUAUAAAAGAACCUGGAGAUAAAGAGUUACUGAGGAUUAUGGAUGCACCGGAUGGGCACAGGGCACCCUUCCCUUCCCAGAGUUCCAGCAGCAUUUCUCAGAGUGACCUUUCUCCUGUACCUCUUGAACAGACCAGUGGCCAUAGCAGUCCCUCUCCAUAUCCAUCCCCAUCCCCAUCUCCUUCAUACCCAAAUGGAAUCCAGGAAGAGGGACCUUGUAUCAUUGAAGAUGUGUCAUUUUUCGUUCAAGAUAAAGAUGGUGGCACAAGCUCCCCUCUCCUGAAAUAUGCUUCCUCUCCCAAACCAAACCACAGCUACAUGUUCAAGCGGGAGCCUCCCGAGGGUUGUGAGCGGGUGACUGCAUUUGAAGAAACUCCGGCUAUUUCCUUUGAACAGGCUUUGCUAUACUCGUGUCCUGAUAAAAACAAGGUUAAUUUCAAUCCCACUGGCUCUGCCUUCUGCCCAGUCCAUAUCCUUAAGCCUCUCUUACCAACUGUUGACUUGAUAUUGAGGCACUUACCAGCAUCGAUUUCUACGACCCCUUCCAGCGCAGGGGUAUCUUCGAGCACUUUGACUUCUUGCCAGUCGACAACUCAGGUCUCAUUCCAGCAACCGAUGGAGAAUUCAGGGAGCACAGACUUUGCUGAGCUUUCUAAGGAACAACCUCUACAGUUUGAUCCUUGGAAACUUGUUCAGACAGAAGAAGGUGCCUUUUUUCAGAGCUCAUUAAUAAUUUAAACUUGUAAAUCUGUAAAAGGUAAAUAGCUGACUGGAACUUUACACCCAACAAAAGUUUGAUUAAAUACUAGAGAAUGUGCCUGUGCUAGCUGUUGAUGCAUUGUUUUCUGACUGCAGGUUUAAGUUUCAUAUGUUAACAGGCCAGUUAGUGGAAAUUUUGGCAAAGCAUCAUUGGAACUUGUCCGUAAACGUUUAUGCUGAAAGCAGUUAAUUAAUUAACAAGGCACCAAAUAUCUGCUUGUGUGAAUACAAAUUCUUGGCAUAUAUACAUUAUAUAUGUUGGAGUGUAUUGUGACAAAUUUGGAGAUGCCUGCUAGUCUUAUCCUGCACCUUUUAAAUGACAGUACAUUUUGCUCCUUGGUCAAAGGUGAAAUGUUGCCAGUGCUGUCACAGUAAGCCCCACAAGUUUAAGCUGAGGAAAAGUAUAAAGUCAUAGGACAUUCUAAUUGUUGGCCACUAUCUGGUAAUUUUGAUGGAGUACUUUUUCAGUCAGCUUUUAACCUUGUAUAAUACCUUGUGUGCAAGACUGCUACAGUAUUUAGAAAAUAAAAUUGUUUAUAUAUUGAAAGAUGCACAUUGGAACCUUUUUUCCUUGGAUAACCUUGCUCUAUACGGAAAGCAUUCGGUUUGCAUUUUUUAUGAAGUGUAGGGCACUGCUGUUAUUUUAAAGGCUGUAAAAUAUAGUCUGAGUAUAAUCGAUGCACAAAGACCACUUGACGGAACUAUUGGACAGUGAAAUACUGGAAUAGGAGUGAACUCUAGCUGCGAGCGCAUAUUUCCUGUCAAUCACACACUUGUAUAAGCUCAACAAAGAAAGUGAACUGAAUGAUGUUUGGUCUGCUUCGAAGCUUUAAUAUCUCUACAUAGAUAAAGGUAUAGUGGCACAACUUAAGGCCACUAAUAGGGAUGUCACGGGGGAAUUGAAAUGUGUUUAUUCAGUAUUGAGCAAAAUGAUCACUUCCAAUUACUUUUAAUUGGGACUGAAAAUGAAUUGCCACAAAAUGAUCUGACUUGCUGUGAAGGAGUAGAAGGGUAUUUUAAAAUCAACUAAGUCAAUCAAGGUAACAAUUGAAAUAUUGAGAAUUGAUAAAUUAACUGUGUAGAAAGUGAUUAGACUAAUUAAAAAUUAAGUUAAACAAUUUCAUACAUAGGAUUGGGUUUGGUUACACCGAACUAGCAUAAGAUUAAGUCUGUUGACCCAAAUAUUUUGGUGUGUAUUGAACUUUGCUAUUGUAUUUUACAUAGCAGAAUACACUUACUGUAUUUGUAUACUUCAAAUUUCUCUAGUUUGCUCUGGGCUGGAGUUUGCCUAUGCCUUGGGUAGGAUUUUUUUUUUCUCCAGUUAACAAUUCUAAAUGUAUCCAUUGAAAAGUUAAAUUGUCAUGAAAUUCUAUUUUUGAAUAGCAUAAAGGAAUUUCUCUACAGUAGUAUUAAAAUAUUAAAAGCCACAUACAUCUAUGAAUUCAAUGAAAAAACUUCCAUGCCACUAUUUAGAAUCAGACUGAAAAUAAUGGCUUAAUUCAACAAUUUGAUUGCACCAUCUUGCAAAUAUUGCAAAAGCUUUGAGGCAGGGUGAGGAGAGAAGAGGGAAUCGGUGAACACAAGGUCUAUUUGCACCAGUUAUGUUUGACAGUACUUGUAUUUAAAUUUACUUUCUCGUUAUCACUGUUUCAAAUGUGUUUUAUACUGAAUUGUAUUUUUAAUUUUACUUCUAAUAUAAAUCCGGGCUUAAAUAUACAGAUGUAGUUUUUUUUCGGUAUUUAUUUAAACAGUUGAUGUACCCAUUUAAAGGGCUAGCUUCAUUUAAGGUCUAACUUGGGUAUUAAAAAAAUGAAAUCUAGCUUAAAAGCAAAGUGUACAGAUUAAAUAAAAAAACUGCUUAAUUCCUCUGCAUUCCAGUUUAAUUUACAGGUAUAUUCUGAUACAGAGCCUGUGAAAAUAAGAGCAACAGCUUUUCAACUUGGUGUCUCAAUCUGAAGAUUGUGUGGUUAAAUAUGGCUUCUGGAACAAAUUUAGAAUGGAUUGCCCAAAGGAAUUGUCAGGGGCAUGGACAAUGUGUUUGCAUUUUUGGUUUGGCAACCUUUUGUUUCUCUUCCAUCUCCAUGAUGAAACUGUAGACUGCAAUAUAGGUCUAAUGAUCUUCAAAACUGCUUUGAAAGAGGCUUGAUACACUGGAUAGUGCAGUGCAAUUAUUAACUCUGUACUUGGAGCUGCAUUCUUACCUGUAUAUUACUCAGUGUCUUUCUACCACCACAAACUUGACUUUCACAAUUCAGAUUUUGUAGUAUGCCAUUCUGAACCAUUUAAGGAGACUACCAGUGUAAAACAGUCCUGUAAUAAUGGUAAGAGUGAAAUGUAAUUAUCCUUGCAGUGAAGGAAAUGUCUGGAUAGCUAUUUUUGGGGGGUUUGAAAUUUAUCUUGUGUGUUUAGCUGUCUGCACAGGCGAAAGUAAAAUAUUGUGUAACUCUUAAAUAUAGUUCUGUCUACACGUGUCAUUCAUGUUCCAUUUUAAUUUAUUAUGUAGCCUUAUGUGCCCUGAUGCUAUAGUGUUCCCUACAUAACAUCUGCAAAGGAAACUGGUUUGAACAGAUUUCAAAGUUUAUUCAUGGAAUUAAUUGGGUGGUAGGAUUUGUGUCUUCUGAAAUGGUGAGAAAAUAUCUUAGUGUUUAUUUUGUUACUGAGCUUGGAUUCAGCUUAGCAACAGCACCUCUGUAAACAAAUUUUUGUGGUUGUUGUGUUGGGCCGACUGUCUUUAAUUCAUUUAAUAAUUUGUGUGCUGUUUAUAGGUCAGUAUUUGCUACCUAUCUUAGUGGGAUGCUGCUGCCUUGCAUUGCUGCAACCAGUGUCUUGGAAUUUGGCUUGAGUGCUGCCAUCUAGGGAGUUCCAGGAUGAUUGAGGAAUAGGAUUUACUUCCCCAGUUCCUCAACAUUAAAAAUAUAUUUAUCCAGAAACAUUUGUAUUGUAGUCGGUGAGAUAGUAUCUCCAUUAAGGCAGUUCUCUCUAUUUUCCCCACCCUGUUAUUUUUGGGCAUUGGGUUGGUAAUGACACUCCCAAGUUGGUAUUUAAAAAUGUUGCAGAUUUGUAGUCAAGUGAGACUUUGAAUCCGGACUAGUGAAAUUUGAGUAAAUUGCUUGGCAGCUACCAGGAUGUGGGCAAACAUGCCUUUGGGGCAUCAGCACCUUCUGGUGGUAGAAAUUCAGUACUGUAGCAGUGUUACAUGGGCUUGUAGUUUUCGAAACCAAGUCUUUGACAGCUGCAAACACAAACUAUUUUCUCUCUCCUUGCUUUAAUCUCGAAUUACACUUAAUUUUGAUUUAGUUUACAGCUGACUUUAAAAUCUGAAUCGGAUCACUUGCUGUUUUGCCCCUCUUGGGGGGGGGGGGGGGUGGGGAGAAACCUUGCAAAUAUCUCUACAUAUACUUUCCAAGGGAAUUGAGCAGUUACUUUUUUCAAAGCAAUUAUCUGUAUGAUCCUUGUAAAUAGCUAAGUUGAAUGAAGUAUAUAAAGGCAGGCAUUGUAGCAUAACAUUACUCUGCCAUCAAAACACUACCUUUUUCCUUCUGUUAUAUGUUGUUGAAAUGUCUAUCCACAUUAGGAAACAAAGUAAGAAUAUCUAAAGAAUUCUAAUUGUGUUGUGUUUUCUAUUGUUGUGUAUUUGUUGAUCAGAAUAACCUCUGUUAGGAUGAUGGCAGAUAACUGAUACCACAUGAAUGUUUACGAGUGAAGGAAAUUGCUGGCCAAAAUGGUUAAUGAAACACCAGAUUUGUAUUGAAAGGAUUGAGUUGGCCUGGAAGCAAAUCUUUGUAGAAUUUAUUUUGUUUUAUUGACACUAUUGAGGGUUUGGUUGACAUUGUACAUAUGUUUCAAACAUUAAGCUUGGACAAAUGUAUGCCACAUUAGCUUGUGGAUUUGUGUGUGUUUUUUUUAAAAGUAGGUUCAGUUUCAGAAAAUACCAAUAAAAGUGCCAAUUUCCACUGCA